CCUUUUUUCGUCGGCUAUGUCAAAAAGAAAUCUCGUUAGAAGAGAUUAAUGGUUUGGAGUUGGAGAUUGUAGAGACUUUGUGCCAGUUGGAGAGGAUUUUUCCGCCGACCUUUUUUGAUAUAAUGGUUCAUUUGCCUAUUCAUUUAGCUAAUGAACUAAGGUUAGGUGGUCCUGUCCAGUUUCGAUGGAUGUAUCCGAUUGAGAGAUACAUGUGCACACUAAAAGGGUAUGUACGUAACAGAAGUCGUCCAGAAGGAUCAAUUGCGGAGGGUUAUUUGGCUGAAGAGUGUUUAACUUUUUGUUCAAGAUAUUUGCAUGAGGGAGUGAAAACAAGAUUCAACAAAGUAUCUCGAAAUAAUGAUGCAGGCACUUCAACCAAAGAUCCUGAUUCAAAUUUGUUCACAAACAAGGGAAGUCCAUUGGGUGGAAAAAAAGGGCAACUAAUUAUUUUGGACGAAAAGUCACUCCUUCAAGCUAAUGCAUAUGUAUUGAACAAUUGCGAUAACGUGGAGCCUUACAUGAGAGAACAUUGUGAGCAACAAAAGCAAGACAAGCGGAAGCGGAAGUGGAACAUCGUUAAAAAUCAGAAUGAAAACUUUAUCGAGUGGUUUACGUGACGUGCCAUGAAGGAUGAUGUUCCCGGUUGGAUACGACAGCUGUCUAAGGGUCCAAAUAAAGUUGCAAAAUCAUUUUCUGCUUAUGUUGUCAACGGGUACAGAUUUCAUACUAAGCGGUGAGAAGUGAUGCGGAAAACGCAAAAUAGUGGUGUCACUGUGGUGGCUGAAACUACAAGCUUUGCGAGUGUUAAGGACAAAAAACCAAUCAAGGCCAAUAUAAGAUAUUAUGGUAGAAUCAUGGAUAUUAUCGAGUUAGACUAUUAUAGCCAAUUUAAAGUUGUGUUAUUUAAGUGUGAGUGGUUUCUGGCUGAGGAAGAUGAUUAUGGGUUGACAUACGUUCAUUUCAACAAAAGAUGUUACCAAGAUGAACCAUUUGUGUUGGCAAGCCAAGCACACCAGUGCUUUUAUGUGAAAGAUCCAUAUAUUCCCCAAAAGCAUUAUGUGAUGAAAACGGUUCCCAGAGACUUGUUUAACAUUGGUGUCCAAUUACAGUUUGACCCUAAUAUAAGAGAGCCACAUGAAUCGGCGAAUAGUCCGAUACCCUUAAGUGAUAUUGGUGAGGUAGACUUGGUUAGACAGGGUGUGCGACCUACUAUUGUUGAUGUGACACCGAACAAGAUCAAACCUAAAGACAAAGAAAUAGUGUCUGAUGAUUUUGAAAGUGAUGCUGAAUUUGAGUAUGAACAAUGAAGGAAAUUUGAAAAGAAAAAGGUUAAGGACCCUGUCACAAAUAGAGUCACAAAGAAGUCCCUUGAAGAUGAGGAGUCCAGUCAAAAAUUCAGGAAAAAUUCAAUUCACAAGUGCUUAUUCCUUGCUAAAACAAUUUUAAAUAAAAAGGGAACAUGUUUUAGCUGCAUGUGGGGCUAAUAGUAGUAAACAUGAGACAAGGAAAAAGGGCAAGAUACCAAAAAAGGUGCUGACAAGAGGUGACGAUGAAGGUCAAAGCAAAAUGGUAACCAAGAAGAUAACAAACAUCAGAGACGGUGAGGAUCAAAUCAAGAUGCCAACAAUGAACUCCAACGAAGAAAAUCAUUUAGUCAAGAUGAAAGCCGUUGAACAUGAGGAUCAAGGUGGGAAGAAGCCGUCUAGGAAGAAGGUGCUAAUGAAGAAAUCAAAGGUGGAGGGUAAUAAAGUCAAGAUAAAUACCAAUGACGCUGAGGGUCAAAGCAAGAAGCCGACCAAUAAGAUGCCGAUGAAGGAAUCGAAUGAAGAAGAUGCCAACAAAGAAGAACAUAAGAUUGAGUCUCUUAUCCCUGCUAUGACUUUAGACGAAUUUUUUGAAAAAUAUGGGAUAUCAUUGGAUGAAAAUGAUGAAAAAUAUGAAUAUGAUUAUGAUGAGCUUAAUCCAACCAUUGGUGAUAGUAGUGACAGUCAACUCGGUACCAAAAAGAAAAAAGUUCGUGGUCCCACCCAACUCAAGCAUAUUCAUGCUUUGGAGACACAAAUAGAGUUAACAUGGUACAAUGGCAAACCCAUAGGCCCAACAAAGACACAGGUUCAAUUGUUUAGUCGGUUCUUGGGGACACUUGCAAGAAACUCUAAUUUGGUCACAUUGUUAUAUACUAAUUGGCAAGCUGUGUCCAUUGAGACUAAAACUUCAAUGUUGGAUUAUGCAAAGUCUAAAUAUAACAUUCCUAGUGAUGCUGAGCCUUGGGUCAUAGAUACCAUCGGAGAGGCAUGGAAGCAAUUUAAGAAACACAUAAAGAAAUAUCACUAUACACCGUACAACUCAUUUAGAGAGAUGAUGAAAAAUCGUCCAAUGACUGUACCUGAACUGCAUUUUCGAAAAUUAGUUCAAUUUUGGAGGCUUGAUAUCAUCAAAGUUAUUUCUGACAAAAAUCGUGAAAAUAGAUCCAAGCAAAAAUGGAAUCAUCGAAUGGGUCCAGUUAGUUUUGAAUUAGUACGCGCUGAAUUGCGUGCAAAGAAGGAGGACAAUGAAGAUCCAUCACAAUCUGAGAUGUUUGUUGUAACUCGUACGAGUAAAAAAGGAGAGACUGAUUCAGGAACACAAGAGACAAUUGAACAUCUUCAAAAUUUGAAAGAAGCAGGAUACAAUGAUGAUGAAGCAGUUCAAACAGUUUUCGGAAAGGAGAGACAUGGAAGAGUUCGUUUCUAUGGUCGAUCAGUCACAAAAUCCUCUCUUAAAAAGGAGAAGGAAAUCUGACAAAUGCAGCAACAACAUAAUGAAGUGGUUUCAACUAUGGAGAAAAAUCAAAAUAACUUAACUUCCAAGUUGGACGGUUUAACAAACUUGAUUAAAACAUUGUUGCAACAAGUCAAUCCUGGUAUGAGUGCAGAACAAGUACAAGUAAUGAUAGAAGCUGCCCAACAAUCUCCGCCUGACGCGAGUAGUGCACCAAUUGAUGUGCGGCGAAGCAUUCCUCCUUCACUUGGAUCGAACCAUGUAUCAAAGGAUAUGGAAGAAGACAUGAUGUGAUGAAGAAAAUAUGUCCCAUACAAAUAUCACAUAGGAUGGGUCUUACAAUGACCUUAGUUAUGUAAAUGUAAUAUUUUGAUGUGUUAUGUACUUUUUGAGGUAUUACAUAUAAUUGAAAAAAUUUAACUCUAUUUGGAUUUGUGUUGUUUAGACUAAAGAUUAAACAUAUCUAUCUUAUAAUGAAACUUUUAUGAUUUAGAUUU